GCUUGGAUAGACGCAACGGCUAACGGUGACAGGCAUUGCAAAAACAGGCGACCCUAGUUGAGACACGCUGCAGCGGUUCCAAAGGUUCGUCCAAAAGUUCGCUCAAAACACAAACUGUAUCCGAUACGUGCCGUGCCGUGCCGUGCAUCUCAGCUCAGCCACUCACAGCAGCCCGGCAGCUGUGGCCUAGUUGGCAGUGAGUUACCGAACAGCCCCUCCCGCAGUGACCUAGGAAGCGAUGGGAAAACUUUUCGCUUCGCUAUUGAUCGGCGUCGUCGUCGGCAUAAUCGCACCGCGCUGUGGUGCGUGGCGCGAGUAUCGAAUACGCCGCAGUAUCGACCUGUCGGCGGCCAAUCCACUGAUCUCGGACGCUAGGCUGCCCGCGGACCUGGUGCCGGUCAACUACUCGCUGUACCUGCACCCCGUCCUCGAGCGGGCCACGUUUUCGGGUGCCGUCAACAUCACGAUCGUGUGCACCAAGGCAACGAAUCAGUUGACGCUGCACGCCCACCACGACCUGCGCGUGGACGAGGUGAACCUUCAGGUGCGGCAGUGUGAAACCGGUACCGAGCCGCGUAUACGGCGCAUCGACCGUGUCCCCAAGAAGCCCCUGCUGGUGGUUUACUUCCACGACGACCUGACGGUCGGGGCAAGCUACGAGGUGCGCAUCCGCUUUGACGGAAGCAUCUGGGAGAACGUGGAAGGUAUCUUCGAGGGAAAGUACAAACAGCAACCAGGGCUAGAACCGGGGCUGCAACCUGGGCAACCGUUCAGCCAAGACCCAGCGGACCAGCCGCUGGUCGGAGGCGGAACCGAGCUGGUGGCGGACGAGCACAAGUACAUCGGGACGUACUUACGGCCCCAUCAUGCGCGCCGCCUCUUUCCCUGCUUCGAUGAGCCUGCGCACAAGACACCGUUCCAGGUGUCGAUCGUGCGCCCCCGAACCCACCACGUGCUGUUUAAUACCGAGCUCGAGCGCUCGGAACCGCUGGGCCCGAACUCCACUCUGAUGGUCGACCAGUUCAAGCUGACCCCGCCGAUGUCUACGUUUACGUUUGGCUUUCUGAUGUCGGACCUACUGGAGGUGCCGGCUGCAGGCUCCGAAGGGCCGGACGAUGAGACGGUGACGGGUUGUGGUCCGAAAACGCUGCGCAUCUGGGCUCGCCGAGACUUCCGGGACAGCUUGGUGCAGCUGCGGAAACGCGUCAAGCUAACGCUGGCGAAACUGGAAUCGUACUGGGGCGUGGAAUUGCCACUGGAAAAGCUCGACAUCGUGGCGCUGCCCGGGUUCAGCCACGUCAAACCGGCCGACAACUGGGGGCUGAUCAUAUUCAAGGAAAGUGAACUGCAGCAGGGAUACUAUGGCCUGGCGCAGGAACUUGUCUACCAGUGGCUCGGUUCGUGGAUAACUCCGCACUGGUGGAGCGAUGCGCACGUUAACAAGGCGAUAGCGGGCUUCCUGUCCGCGGACACCGCCAUCAAGAUCGACGGUGGGGCAGAGUUUGAGGGCAAAUGGCCCAUGACCAUCCUGUACUCGAUCUACUACGAGUUCAGCAAGCGCUAUCCUCACUCGCGCAUCACGGCGAUGAAACAGGAAACGACCUGCAGCAAAACGGAGCUCGUGCUGCGCAUGCUCAACUACACGCUCGGCGAGGACACGUUCCGCCGCGGGCUGCAGAAGUUCAUCCGCCAGCGCGAGUACCGCACGUUCUACGGCGACGACGUGUGGGAGGCGCUCACCAAGCAGGCCCACUUGGACCGGCGGCUGUGCGAGUCGGCCACCGUCAACGAGCUGGUCGACUCGUGGAUCACCAAGGACCGCAUACCGAUGGUGAAGGUGGUGCGGGACUACGAAAAAGGUACCGCUGCCGUCACGCAGCGAUUGUAUUUGCGCGAGCGCCCCCACGACGUACCGGAGCAGGACAAAAUGCUCUGGUGGAUUCCGCUGGUGGUGGUCACCCAGGAUUCGCUCGAUUUCAGCAACACCAGCGCCACCAAGUGGAUGAAGCAGACGCGCGAGGUCGAACUGGAAGGCUUACCGACGGGCGAUCGGUUCAUUAUCGUCAAUCCGGAAGAGAUCGGCCCGUUUCCGGUGAACUACGAUCAGCGCAACUGGAACCUGCUGGCGAGCUACCUGCAGACGGACGAAGGGCGCCGACGGAUUCCCGUCUACACCAAGGCCAAGCUGCUGCACGAUGCGUGGAAUCUGGCGUACGCCGGGGACCUCAACUUUGCCACUGCCUUCAACAUGACCCUGUUUAUGAUGUACGAGCGUAACCAUCUCGUGUGGAACCCGGUGUUCACGCUGAUCGACCACAUCGGGCGUCACAUCGACAUGUCGGCGGUGCACAAAAAGUUCGAGACGUACGUGCGGACACUACUGACGCCACUGUACGAGGAGCUAGUUGGCGCCCAAUCGGACGAGGAGGAAAUGUGGAAAGUGAACCUGCGGUCACUGGCGAAGAACUUCCUGUGCCGCGCCGGCUACAAACCGUGCAUCGAGGAGGCGCAACGUGCGUUCCGAAAGUGGAUGGAUAGCGCGGAACCGGACAUAGGCAACCCUGUAGCAAACCAGUACAUUUGCCCGGUCUUCAAAUGGGGUACCCGCGAAGAGUGGGAGUUUGGACUGCAACGCGUCAUCAACUUCCCCGAGUCGCGGCUGAAAAGUGAGCGCACGUACCUGCUCAAGACGCUGGCUGGCUGCCCGAGCCAGCCAUCGAAAAUCGAUCGGCUGCUCACCAUCACCGUGCUGGAGGACAACGGUAACUUUACCGACAACGAUGUUAGUCUGAUCUUCAAGAUGCUAUCCGGUGGCUCCACCGGUUACACGACACUUUUCAACUUCCUCAAAACCAACUGGGACACAAUCAAACUGCGCUUCAAAGAUCGGGAAUCGCUCUGGGAUAACAUGAUUAAUUCGGCGACCGGCCUGUUUACCACGCAAGAGGGCUACGAUAUGGUUUCGCGGCUCUACCUGCAGCACCAGGGCGAGUUCGAUACGGCCGAGCACAUCAUCGAGAAGUCACUGAAAAACAUCAAGGAGGAAACGAAGUGGAGUGACGAGAACCUGCCCGUCAUCGAGAAGUGGCUCGACACCUUUAUGGCCAACAACAGUGCAGCGAGCCAGAAAUUUUUCGGCUGACAAAGCCAAAACAGGUCAGGGUUUUGAGAAGAAAAGCAAUUCUCAAACUAUAUCGUACCACCCGGCGGUACCAUGCAUUAGUAGCGCUCAAUUUAAGUAAACGUUUCGGGGGCGCGUUGAACUAACAACGAGUGUGGGAGUGUUCCUCUUUCCAUGGAUG